AUGGAAAAUUUUAAGCAAGAUUUUGACUUACCAAACUCUGAGAGUAAUUCUGAAACAGAAUUUUCAAGACAAGUAGAAGAAUGCCAAAGUAAUCUGUAUCGUAUGGAAAAAUUAUUAUUCCAUUUACAAAAUGAUAGUAAAAGGCCACUUAGAAAAUCACAAGAUUCUUUAGUUAAAUUAUUAAAUUGUAAUAAAAAGAAAUUCAGCAAUAGCAAAAUGAAUGAACAGACUCCCUUACAAGAACUUCGUACUAAAGAUAGCUUGUGUUCAAAUAAUACUGCAUUGAAACGUGAUGCAACUGUAACUUCGAAAGAAAACUUAAUUAAAAACAGAAAUAAUUCACCAUUGACAUUUGUUGUUCAAGUGCCCAAUAGCAUUGUUGAUGAUUUAAAAAAAAAUUUAACUAAUUCUGAUAUUGUUAAUUAUUUAUCACAAUGUUCUUCAAAACAAAGUGUCAAAGUGUCAAAGAAAAAAGGAAUCAGUUCUCUAUUCCAUAAUUUAUUUAAAAGAAAAAAAAAUAACACACCAAAUUUACAUACUCUACUUUUUCAAAACAUGAAGUUUGUCAAAUUUUUAGCUGGCCUAAAUGAAAUUGAUGCAGAAGUUCAUCAAAGAGCAAGCAAAAAUAAUGUAGAUCAAACUUCUGUAUCCGAAAACUAUUUUCCAAUAGAAAAUACUACUAAUGUAAGCUUGAGCAGUGCAAAUGUAAAUCCACAAGAUGGUUAUACUUUAGUAUUUCCUAUAAGUCUUAAUUCAAAUACAAACAUUAGUGAUCCUCUAAAACCAAAAUUGAUUAUUCAACAUGAAAUAACAUCUAAACAACAUUCAAGUCUCUACACUCACACUAUAAAAAUUUCAAACGAGCAUUUGUCCAACUAUAAUAACGAAUCUUCAUCAAAAGUAGUGACUGAAACAGUAGAAAAUGAAUUUUCAUCAAAAAGAAUUGCAGAGAAUGUUGAUAUUGUAAACAAAGAUUCAGAAAAAUUCAGCUUGAAUGAAGUACAAUCAGAAAAUAGUCUGAUGAAAAAUUUAAUUGAAAACUUACUGAGAUCUACUAAAAAUUUUAAUGAUCUAGAAAUAUUGAAAAUUUUUGUAGAAAUCCUUCAUAAAGAAAAAUUAAAAAAGAAAACCCCUUGCUGCAUAGACUGUUCUAAUACAAAAGUUAAUCAUAAUAAGGAAUCCAAUUUUUUGCAUAAUUUUUUACAACAACUUAUGGUAGACUUACAAAACAAAAUAAAACGUAAUGAGAAGAAAAAUAUCCAACAGACUCCUAAAAGGCAAUCAUCAAAAAUAAGUAUUUGUUCAUCAACUACUGAUAUAUCAAGCGAAGAAGAAUAUUUUGAUGAUCCUGUCAUAUCAAAAUCAAAAUGUAUGCAUAAAAACAUAAAAAGAUGCCAGUCUCCAUCACUGUUAAAAUAUCGUUUUUGCCAAAGUGAAAAAGAUAUCAUUGAUAAAACCGAAAAUAAGAAUAAAUAAAACAACCAUCUAUGAACUA